GGAGGAGGUCACCACAUGCGGGGCCCACCUGUGAUGCGGUCCCAGUGUCAGUGGCUGUGCAGAUGUCGGCACUGGGGCGGUCCCUCUUCCGUAAUUUGGGGCAAGCGCAGGGGCCAAAGCGCAAAAGAGGAAGCUCAGCCGAAGCAGCCAGCGACUCCAAGAUCGGCGGCGGCGGCGGCGAUCAUGGCGCAGAGGGAGAAGUCCGCCACCGUCGCGGUCGCCCCCGGAACCGCCGCUGCGGCGGCUGUACCCUCGUCUUCGUCCUCAUCCGGCGCUCCGGCGGCAGGGGGCGAGCGGUGGAGCGCGGCGAUCGGGAACCUGGGGGAGCUGGGCGCCAACGUGGAGUCGCUGCAGAAGCUGCUCGCGCGGAAGGCCGUCUUCGUCGACGACGACAUCUUCUCCAAGGCAUCCCUCGCCGCCGACCAGGCCCGCACCAUCAAGGUUCUUGACCAAAGGGUGCAGUCUCUGGAACGCGAACUUGAUGCUGCCAUCUCUGCAGCGGCUCGAGCUCGUACAGAGAAACGCCAGGCUGAAGCCGCUCAGCGAGUUGCAGAGUUACGUGCACAGGAGGUCACAAAGGAGUUGGAGAACACUGCAAAAGUUUUUGCGCUACACAUGGAAGAGUUGCGGGCCAAGCAAGAGGAGAUUGCAAAGAAAGAUAGUGAUAUCAAGGUGUUGGAGGCAAUAAUUCGGACCCUGAGUAGUAAAGAUGAUGGUGGAUCCAGUGAAUAAUCGGAACGGCUAAAUAUCAUUCGCAUAAUAUUAAGGAUAACGCAUGGAGUAUACUGUUGUUGAGUAUUCUUGACUCAAACCUUGAUCAUGCAAGGACACAACUGGUCCUCUCACUCACAGUUGUGCCAUGCGGACAAGCGUCAAGGCUUGGCAUAGUAUUGGAACUGAUCCAUGGAGGCUGCCCUCAGCUCAAAUGUUAAAGUUGACAAGCACACGUCCAGGUCCAUUUUUAGGUCUUGUCGGAUGGUACAACCAAGAACGUAUCUUUGCUUAUGUUCAUUUGAAAGCUCUCUCAA